AUGGCUGAGAAAGCCCCAUCUGAGAGGGUGGAAUACGCCUCUCACGACGAAGUCGGAGAUACCUCCACAGCAGGACACAUUGCUGCCGACACCAUCAGGGAGAACAACACCGCCAGACUUGUCAACCCUCUGGUUGGAAUUCCCAAAGAAGAUCUGAUGCGGCAAGUGGAAUGCUUUGCUACCGACAAGGAUUUCCUCGACAUCCUUCCUCUCCUGCAGAAGGGCGCAUAUGUUGCUCAAGCAGCCGUGCCGCUGGCAGAAGUCGAAGAGCUCGACACUGAUGAACUCGAGGCUCUCCAACACGAAGUGAAACACAGAUGGACCCAUCCAUUUGCUCUCUAUGCCACCGUGUUUGUCUGCUCAAUUGGAGCGGCCGUACAGGGCUGGGAUCAAACGGGCUCAAACGGCGCCAACCUGACGUUCCCAGUUGAGUUCGGCAUUGCCUCUGGCUCCAGCAGGGACAAUUGGCUGAUCGGUCUGGUCAACGCCGCUCCCUAUAUAUCUUCUGCGAUCCUUGGAUGCUGGCUAUCUGAUCCGGUCAAUGCUCUUCUUGGUCGCCGUGGGGCGACUUUCCUGGCCGCGAUUUUCUGCAUCUUUACACCCAUCGGCGGCGCAGUGUCUCAAAACUGGCAUCAACUACUCUUCACAAGGCUUCUCAUGGGUUUUGGGAUGGGCCUCAAAGCUGCGACGAUUCCUAUGUACGCCGCAGAGAACUCUCCGGCUGUAAUUCGAGGUGCCCUAGUCAUGGGUUGGCAAAUGUGGACGGCCUUUGGCAUUUGCCUCGGGUUCGCCGCCAACCUCGUUGUCUAUCGGGUUGGAAAAAUUGCGUGGAGACUUCAGAUUGGGUCUGCUUUUAUACCCGCAGUGCCACUCGCGCUUCUCGUCUACCUUUGCCCAGAAUCCCCACGGUGGUUAAUGAAAAAGAAUCGCUAUAAGAAGGCGUUUGAGUCGCUCUGCCGCUUACGGAAACACAGGAUCCAGGCUGCACGCGACCUCUACUAUGUCCAUGCUCAGCUGGUCAUAGAACAUGAGAUAGCAGCUGGAUCGACCUAUAUUACCAGACUUCGCGAACUCGUCAUUAUCCCUCGCAUUCGUAGAAGCGCCGUAGCAGCCUUGGUUGUCUUCAUGGGCCAACAGUUCUGCGGGAUGAACAUCAUCGCCUUUUACUCGUCGACUGUCUUUGUCCAAGCAGGGGCCUCUGAACACACCGCGUUGCUUACUUCUUUGGGAUAUGGUGUCAUCAAUUUCGCUUUCGCCAUACCGGCAAUCUUUCUCAUUGAUAGGUUUGGUCGGAGAUCUCUGCUUCUCUCGACCUUCCCACACAUGGCCUGGACGCUACUUGCCGCGGGCUUCUGCUUUUACAUUCCCGAAUCCAGCAAGGCACACGUUGGCAUGAUUGCCUUCUUCGUCUACGUGUUCACCGCUCUGUACUCGGUUGGUCAAGGGCCCGUCGCUUUCGUGUACUCUGCCGAAGCCUUUCCUCUCUCACAUAGAGAGAUCGGCAACAGCUGGGCGGUUUCAGGGACCUUCGCUUUAUCCUCGGCUCUAUCGUUGACGUUCCCAUUGAUGCUGAGCAAAUUUACAGCGACGGGUGCAUUUGGAUUCUACGCGGGCAUGAAUUUAUUCGUCUUCAUCUUGAUGUUCCUCUUCGUCCCUGACACCAGCGGCCAUACGUUGGAAGAACUCGACUACGUCUUUGCAGUACCCACGAGACGAUUCAUCAGCUAUCAACUCAGGAAGGUGUGUGCGUCCCACAAGCCGACCACGAAGCUCUAA